AUGAGGACAGAUCAGCAUCAAACUCCAUCUCAACCGUCAAUUUUUGAUGUUUUAGCGGAAGAAAGUUUUGCAAGCACGCUGAAACCUGCAGUAAAAUGUUUCGUCUCGUUCCUUUCCACACGGUAUCCAGCGACCUUCUCAAAGGCUUUGAAAUGGUUUGACGAAAUAUACUUGUUUUUUGACGUUGGAUUACAGAGCUACUUUUUGAAACACUACAAUGCUUCAUUUUCGGAAAACUUCUACGGUUUCAAACGAAUUCCGCGGUCGUCUGGCUAUGGACCUUAUAAUGGUUUUUCUAAACUCCACUCAAUAUUUUUUUUAGUAAUUUUCUGUGUUAUUCAGAUUGGGUCGAGUUUUGAGAAAUGCAGAUUACAGGUUGAGCCACUGUGGGUUUGGCUGGCACGCUUACUUUUCCCUGCUCUUUCAGUUUUGAGAUGGAUUCUUAAUUUGUGGAGCUUUGUCCUCCAGUUUAUGUACAUAACUUCUAAAAGUUCUGUACAUUCGCCAAUGUUACUGUUAAGCAAUGUUAAACUUGAAAAUUUAACAUCGAGGGACAGAGCCCUGUUUGCAAGCAAAGUCUCAGGAGCUUCUAGGUAUGAAGGAAAGGACCAGUGGAGGUCUUUGUCUGCAAAUGAUACUGCUUUUGUUUCUAGAUACACUCUUUUACGAUUGUUGUCUGCAGUGCCUCGAGUUGGUAGUCGAAUUUUUGGAUAUUUUUUAUUCUUUGUACAGUUCUUGGAUAUGUUUUAUAACGAUGACUUUGGCGCACAUAUUCGUAAUUUAACUAGCGACGUGUCGAAGCGCAUUCCGCCAGCACCACAUAUGGUUCUUGGGGAAACUUUUGUUCAUACGCUGGAUAAGAGUAGCUGUCCUUUGUGUCUGCAACGGAGAACUGAUGAUACGGUUCUUAGUGUUUCUGGAUACGUCUUUUGCCAUAAAUGCAUCAAGGAGUACGUUUCAAGAGAGAAAAAAUGCCCAGUUACAGGCCUCCCAGCAAAUAUGCGUCACCUUAUUCAGCUAUACUCAUUGUUUGAUAAUUCAAAUUGA